GUAGAGCGCAGCUGGAGCAGAGCAAUGGCUGGAGAUCCGUGGCUAAUGAAGUAUGAUGCCACCUGCUGUUUAGCACAAGAAGUUGCUGAAAACAUCCAUGAACGUAAUAGACAGAAGAGAACGGGAGGUAAUCAUUCUAAGUUUAAUGUGAUGAUUCGGGCAUCUCUGCAGAGGCUCCAAGAACAGAUUAACCAGCUGAAGGAUUCUUUGUUGCGAAGUUUGUCAACCCGCCAAAUUACACAGCUUGAAGCAGACAGGCGUCAAAACAUGGUGGACGAUUUGUUAACAAGAGAACGACAACUUCAAAUAUCCUUCAAGAAGGAUGGCACAGAACCUGAAGUAAUGAGGACUAGCCUUAUGAGUACAGAUCCAAAGAGUGGUCUCACUAAUCCUUGGUUGAUGGAGGAGCCAGAAGAAACAAAAGGUCUUGAUUUUAGUGAAAUCAAAUAUCAACAGCAGAGGAUCAUACAAGAGCAAGAUGCGGGCUUGGACGCUCUGGUAACAGUGAUAGCCAGACAGAAACAAAUGGGUCGAGAUAUAGGAAAUGAACUAGAUGAACAAAAUGAAAUCAUUGAUGACCUCACACACUUAGUGGAUAAAACGGACUCCAGAAUUCAGAAUGAAACAAGACGUGUCAAACUGGUUGAUAAGAAGUCAACUUCUUGUGGGAUGCUGGUGGUUAUUGUAUUACUGCUGAUUGCCAUUGUUGUGGUUGCUGUCUGGCCAAAAGGGUAAUCAAGCAACAAUGGCAUAAACAAUGCUCAUCAGUGAAUAUGGACUGGAUGUUAAAACUGGACAACAUGUUCUUCUUGAGAUCACCGGAGCAAGAUUGAAAUAAGUAUCCCUAAUCAAGCAAUAGAGAAUGUUUCGAUGUGUUUGAUAUGCUUCUCUUACUAUUAUUUAAUAUGUGAGAUAGACCAAAUUAAUCAAGGCCAAAACAAAGCUCAAUUAUUUCAUUACUUGCAGCAAGGUUUCCAAUUCAAAUUAAGAUCCUGCCUUAAAAUCAAAAAUGAUAGUUGUAACUCUUGAGUGGCAUAAUAUCCAAGGGCUGUAAAUAAUGCCUUUGAGUUAUCUUUCUGACUACAUAACUUCAAUCUAUAUAUUUAUUUUUCUCUUCAUAAAAAAUUAGGGAUAUCCAGAAUUUUAGUACUUGAUAGUUUGUUUCCUUUGCCAAAAUGAAACCAUUAAAAAAGUAUGUUAAAUGUUUAAAUAAAAUACAUUACAUUUCUGUUAUGUUCCUAGAUGAGAAUUAUAAACACAUUUAAUGCUGUGUUCCAUUGUUUUGUUACUUUGUUGUCCCAUUCUUUUUUAUUCUGAUUGUAAUUUUAUUGCCUAAAUGAGAUGGACAUGAUAAUUUAAAAUGCUCCAGCAAUCCUGUAAGGCAGCUUUUACUCAUUCACACUAUUACUGUAUUUUCCCAGGAAAAAUGCUUUUAUUGGUGCCUGCAGGGUCAGCGAAGGGAUUCCUAGUUGGGCACAGGGAGUAUGUGCUAUCUCACUGCCUGUAAACAGUGUUGCUGUUCACACAGAAUUGAAACUUGGAACAAAUUGCUCUGAGUAUGGAAAUUCCAAUCUAACAAAAUAGUAAUUAGAAACCAUUUCCUUAUAAUUUCAUGCAGUUACGUACUUCACACAUUAUGUACGCAAUUUUUAUAAGCAUUUAGUAAAAGUAUUCAAAAUAUGGUGUAUGAAUAAAUAUUUUCCAACUCUUUU